AUUUGCAAGUAUACCGACGAGAUCUUCGUGUCUUGCGUGGACCUGGACAUUGUCGGUGGUGUGGCGACGACGACGCAGCCUGCAGGAGCAGCGAAUGCAUCUGGACCGAGCCUGCUGGGCGGACGGUGGAGCGUGCCUCCCGAGAGGAGAAGGACGGCCGAAUCUGCUGGGACUUUACCGUGCCUAGCGGGACCAAGGUGUAUUACCAGUCCAAGACGGACAUCUACCAUAUGUGGAAUUCGAAUGCCUGCUGCUUGAGUGCCGCAGAAAGUUUCGGGUCGGACGUGACGGGGAACCCCAACCUUGUCGUGUUCACUCCGACGGUUGGUACCUUUGGUUUCUGCGAGUGCACUGCAUGGGAUCCCAGCAAUCCCGGCACCUGUGCUGGUGCAGCUACAUCCGACAACAUGAUUUGCCCGGUUCUUGGGGCCUCGAAAGAAAUGUGUUCAGAGGCCGCAUCAUGGGAUGGCCUGCCGGUUGGUUGCACGCCUGUCUUUUCAACCACGCCCUCCGCGACAGCGACCACAACCAUGGCCGUAUCCACCACCUCGCCUACAGAUGGCUGCUGCUAUUGGGAUGCCAAUAAGGGCUGUGAGGGGAGUGGAUACUGCUGGGAGUCCAAGGCCAAUUGCGAAGGCAGCUGCAACGGCAAUUGGAAGGCAAACACGCCUUCGACCAUGGCUCCGACAACAGUGCCCCCGACGACAACAGUCGCACCAACGCCUGCACCAGUGUACACCACAACAACGACCGUCAGCACUACGACAACUCCCAUGCCGACCACCACGACCACCACGACCACCACCACGUCCAUGCCCUCAACAACUCCUGCCUCGUCGGAUAGCUUUGAGCCUGUGGAUGGAGGCGAGGGCCGUGCCUGCCGUGGAGCUCAUGCCGGAGACAAUGAUGCCUCCUACUUCACAACUGUGAGUGGAGGUGUGGACUCUCUGGAUGAAUGCAAGGCGCACUGCCUUGCGACCGCCGGCUGUCACGGAAUUGAGAACAUCGGAAGGAGGUGCGAGAUCUGGACGCACCCAGUCGGAGCGAGCAUCAGCUUGGACGGCUACGUCUGCCUCCGCGUCGUGGGAG